GUCAGCGCAGGUCUUUUUCCUAAAGAUACAAAUGACACAAACUUCUGGAUGUAUGUGUGAGAUUUGGAAGAACGGUACGAGUCCGACUGGAUGAUGUGACUGUGAUGCUGCAGGGUUUGACCUGAUGGAGUACUUCAGCGUGAAAGACAUCCUGGGGACCAGAGUCGAUGAAGGCCAGAGUUCGUAUGUUCGCCUCGGGACGAUGCCGAUCGUCCAGCAAACAGAGGAUGUGUUUGCUCAGGGUUUACCAGAUGAAUACGCCUUUGUGACAACCUUCAAAUUCAGAAAAACCUCAAGACGGGAAGACUGGUACCUCUGGCAGAUUUUUGACAAAUAUGGAAUCCCGCAGGUGUCCAUCCGUCUGGACGGUGAGAACAAAGCCGUGGAGUACAAUGCAGUCGGGUUGACGAAAGACGCCGUCAGAGCUGUGUUCAAGAAUCCUGAAGUGGACAACCUCUUCGACCGCAACUGGCACAAGAUCGGCCUCAGCGUGGAAGCAAAGUCUGUCGCCCUGUACCUGGACUGCAAACACAUCCAGACUCUGCCAAUCGAAGACCGAGAAGACAUAGACAUUCAGGGGAAGACGGUGAUUGGCAAGAGACUGUAUGACAGCGUUCCCAUAGACUUUGACCUCCAAAGGAUGAUGAUUUACUGUGAUUCCAAACAAGCAGAACUGGAGACCUGCUGUGAUCUCCCUACCGGGCCGUGCCCUAAAAAGGUCGUGACCGAGGCCCCCCCUGUGCCGAUCCCCACACCGAUACCGACAAGCGCAGAGCAGCAAAGAGGCCCUCAGGCAAACUGCUCCUGCCCUCCGGGGACCAAGGGAGACGUCGGAGCGCGCGGUCUUCCUGGGCUUAAGGGUGACAAGGGUGACUUUGGCCCUAAAGGUGCCGUCGGGCCGCCGGGCAUCAAAGGGGAAAGAGGAGAAUCUGGCAAACUAUCCUCUGUCAAAGGCGACAGAGGGGAGAAGGGCGAUAGAGGCUCUAUAGGGUUAACAGGUUCUCCUGGACAAAAGGGAGAGAAGGGCACCGGUGGUGUUCCUGGUAUUGAUGGUCUAACUGGUGACAAAGGGGACAAAGGCGAAGCAGGCAGAGCCGGCGCUGCAGGGUUACCGGGUCCAGCCGGCCAGAAGGGAAUCCAAGGAGAUGCAGGAAUUCCCGGUGCGCCCGGUCCGAAAGGCGUCUCUGGAGAUUCUGGUGUGAAAGGAGAAAAAGGAACUCCAGGAGCUGGUGGUCUUCCGGGUGUAGACGGAUUGCCAGGAAAACCCGGACUGCCCGGAAAAGAUGGUCUGAGAGGACUGACUGGAGCACCUGGACCAAACGGAAUCAAGGGCAACAAGGGGGAGAGAGGACUUCCUGGAUUACCUGGGGAUGUGGUGCAACAAGAAGGCCUACGAGGUGAAAGGGGGCAGCCUGGACCUCCUGGGCCUCCUGGAGCAGACGGUCGUCCAGGACCAGCUGGUCCUGCUGGUCCACCGGGUCUGCCUGGUGAGCACGGCGAUCCUGGCCAAAUGAAUUAUUACUACAUCAUCUAG